AUGAAGUUCAUCACCAUUUGCGCCGGUCUCCUGGCCGCCGUCACGCAGGUCCAGGCCUCUGUCGUCGCACACUUCAUGCUCAUCAACACCAUGAACUACACCCUAGGUGACUUUGAGGAUGACUUCAGACUUGCAAAGGAAGCUCAUAUCGAUGCCUUCGCCCUCAACAUGGGCUUGACGGACCCCCAUACCGCCGACGCCCUGGUAGACGCCUUCACCGCCGCCAAGACCGUCGGCUUCCAGCUCUUCUUCUCCUUUGACUACAACGGUGGCUACGUCGGCGGCAAGCCCUGGCCCAAGGAGACCAUCCUCGCCAUGGGCGAAGAGUACUUUAGGCGCGACGAGUACCACAAGUACGCCGAGAAGCCCGUCGUCUCGACAUUCGAGGGCACCGAGAACGCCGAGGACUGGAUCGAGAUCAAGGAGAAGACGUCCGCCUUCUUCAUCCCGGACUGGUCGUCCAUCGCGCCCGACAAGGCCCUGGAACUGGCCGGCGGCGUCGCGGACGGCCUGUUCAGUUGGGACGCCUGGCCCGUCGGGAACCAGGACAUGACCUCCAAGGGCGACGCCGCCUACGAGUGGGCCUUGAAGGGGAAGCCCUACAUGAUGCCCGUGUCGCCGUGGUUCUACACCAACCUCCCCGGGUACCACAAGAACUGGGUCUGGCGCGGUGACGAUCUCUGGUUCGACCGGUGGACUCAGGUCAUGGAGAUCAUGCCCACCUUCGUCCAAAUCAUCUCCUGGAACGACUACGGCGAGUCCCACCACAUCGGCCCUCUCCGCUCCAACGCAAUGGAAGCCUUCGAGGUCGGCAAGGCCCCCUUCAACUACGCCCUCGACCACCCCCACGACGGCUGGCGGCACACCCUCCCCUUCCUCAUCGACAGCUACAAGGCCGCCGUCCAGCCGGCCAUCAGGAACGAGUCCCUCACAACAUGGUACCGCUCCUCGCCGGCCCUCGCCUGCAAGGACGGCGGCACCACGGCCAGCACGGCCGCCCAUUCCCAGAAUAUCCUGACCGCCGCCGAGGUCGUCAGGGACAAGAUCUUCUACUCGGCCCUGCUGACCUCCGCGGCGGAGGUCACCAUCUCCGUCGGAGGCCGGUCGCAGAAGGGCAUCUGGACCUCGACCCCCGAGGGCGGCAAGGGCAUGUACCACGGCAGCGCCCCGUUCCUCGGCACCGGGGACGUCGUCGUCUCGAUGACAAAGUACGGCAUCGAGAUGGCCAAGAUCGAGGGAAAGCCCAUAUCCAACGAGUGCCCCGGCGGCAUGACGAACUGGAACGCCUGGGUCGGCGCCAGGGACGCGCUGCACGUCGAGGACCCGAACCCCGCCACCCCCACUCAGACCGGCGACGGCCCCAAGAGCACGGCGAGUGGCGACGACGGCUCGUCUGCUUCUUCCUUGUCGCGGGGCAGCCUCGUCUACAUCAUCGCUGUUCUUGCCUGCCUGACCGUUGCUGGCGUGGUGUGA